AUGCAGACACACUCUAGUUAAUUAGUGGCACAAUACACAGUUUGCGUGCUAGCCCAAGCUACAAGUUUCUAGAACCCUCCGGCCCCUUUAUUAUCUUCGCUUCUCUUCUAUUUCUAGGGUUUUGUUAUCCUCUCCUAUCAUUUCAUUUCAACAAAACUUCAAUUCAUUUCUUCUGGUGCUCUCUCCCUAACUUCAGAAAUGGCAGCAUCUCAAAUGACAACAACUUCAUUCACCGGUAGGAGUUUGUUGUUUCCUUCAACUGUUGAAGGAACCUUUAAACCUUCUUCGGUUUCACAUUUCGGACAAUUCGGAGGUGGAUUGAGUCUGAGGUCUUUCCGUGGACUCAGUGUCAAAGCUGCUACUGUUGUUGCUCCUAAGUACACUUCACUUAAGCCGUUGGGUGAUAGAGUCCUUAUUAAGAUCAAGACUGUCGAGGAGAAGACCACUGGUGGCAUCUUACUGCCAUCAUCAGCACAAUCAAAACCUCAAGGAGGUCAGGUUGUUGCCAUUGGAGAGGGUAGGACUGUUGGACCUAACAAAGUUGCUGUGUCUGUGAAGACUGGUACCCAAGUUGUGUAUUCCAAGUAUGCUGGAACUGAAGUGGAGUUCAACGGAUCCAAUCAUCUUAUUUUGAAGGAGGAUGAUAUUGUUGGUAUUCUUGAUACUGAUGAUGUCAAAGAUUUGAAGCCGCUAAAUGACAGAGUCCUCAUUAAGGUUGCUGAGGCUGAAGAGAAAACAGCUGGAGGCCUGUUGCUAACUGAGGCAAGCAAGGACAAGCCAUCAAUUGGAACUGUGAUUGCUGUUGGACCUGGAUCUCUAGAUGAGGAAGGAAAGAGAAAAGCACUUGCCCUUUCCGCAGGAAACACCGUAAUGUACUCCAAAUAUGCUGGAAACGACUUUAAAGGCCCUGAUGGAUCGGAUUACAUAGCUCUAAGGGAAUCUGAUAUAAUGGCAGUGCUAUCAUAGUUACUUGUGACCGUACACCCUUAAAUUAUGGGAAUUAUUGAAUAGAGCCAGAGGAGAUUUAAUGUAAUAAAACCUUGUUGAGUGUAGUUUUUGCUACCUCUGAGUUGUGGUUUAUAGUAUCUGUUGGAUAUGUGCAAGUUUACCUCCCUUGUAGUUUGAAUUGAGAAUGUCUUUCGAUUUCUUUCUAA